CUGUCAGGAAGUGCGCAUAUAAUCUGUGUUUGACCACUUUCAUCGUUCUGAGAGACUUUGCAACAGGUGGAAACAUGACAGAACCAUCCAAACACGACAUCAUUGCCGUUUUCAAGCGUUUGCGCUCAAUCCCAACAAACAAGGCGUGUUUCGACUGUUCGGCGAAGAACCCGAGUUGGGCGAGCAUCACAUACGGUGUGUUUUUAUGUAUUGACUGUUCCGGGACACACAGAUCUCUGGGAGUUCACCUGUCCUUCAUCAGGUCGACUGAACUGGACUCAAACUGGUCGUGGUUUCAGUUGCGCUGUAUGCAGGUGGGCGGUAAUGCCAGUGCGAGGGCGUUUUUCAGUCAGCAUGGAUGCAUCGCCAACGCAGCGAACACCAAAUACAACAGCAGAGCGGCAGUGCUGUACAGAGACAAGGUCAAGAGCCUGGCUUCACAUGCCACCAGACAACACGGCACAGAGUUAUGGUUGGACAGUCAGGCUCCUCUGUCGCCCACAUCACCCCUCGACAAACAGCUGGAUUUCUUCACUCAACACACACAGACUGCACAGAAUGAAGAAAUGACUUUUCAAUUGGACAUUAACCAAUCACUGGAAUCAGUUCAGGCUAAAAAUAAUACUGCAAGUGAAGGUCAAGAGGGUCCUAGUGUCGAUCAGCUCAGUGUGUCACCUAAAACAGCCGCAGAGCCGUCCUCUCUUCUGAAGAAGAAACCGACUGCAGGAAAGAGAAGUACGGGUGGUAGAAAAGGCGGUCUGGGCGCUCAGAAGGUGAGCAGUGCCAGUUUCUCCGCACAGCACAAGAGAGCUCAAGCAGAGGAGAAGAGCACUGAAGACUUCACAGUGCCUUCUCUGAGUGUGUCGUAUGAGAGUCUGGAGCUGCAGCGGAAGAGAGACGAGCAGCAGAUGAACUGUCUGCAGGGGAAUAAGAAGGAGCAGGCGGAGCGGCUGGGAAUGGGCUUCGGCGGACGCAGUGGAAUGUCUCACUCCGUGAUGGAGGACAUGCAGACCAUAAAACAGGAAACUCCAUCUGCUGCCGUUUCCUCCCCAAGCAGCAGAACGUAUGAGGAUGAUGAUGAUACACGCUUCUCCUCCAGGUUUCUGGAUGAAGCACCAGGUUCAUCAGAUCAGUUUUUCUCUCAGUGGACGAAAACAAAAACAAAAAUUCAAGAAACGAUGAAAGCCGAGUCAGACUUCUACAUGGAGACGAAGAUCCCAUCAGCAGACGAGAGGGCGACAGCGAGGAGGAAUGCUGACCCCGGGCAUCAGUCCGUGUCAGAUGACGCUCGCAGGAAGUUUGGUGACAUUAAAGCCAUCUCCUCAGACAUGUACUUCAACAAGCAAGACCGCUCUGAGUAUGAAGUUCAAACUCGACUGGAGAAUUUCUCAGGAAGUUCUGCGAUCAGUUCAGCUGAUCUGUUUGAAGUGCAGAAGAAACCAACAUCGCCCAGUGGUUCGUACAGGUUGAGUAACGUGCUGCCCAAUGUUCCUGACAUGAUGCAGUUUAAGAGCGGCGUGAGAUCUGUGGCAGGAAAACUGUCGGUCAUGGCCAGUGGAGUCGUGACGUCUAUACAGGAUCGUUACAGUACAUGAGCUGUUGAAGGAUCUACAUCACAAACACUACAGCAAAAGAAGUGAUGAAUGUAGUUAUAAUUGCAUUACAAACAUUGAAUGCACAUAUGCAGCUUUACUGCAGCAGCUGGUUUACAUAUGAACUAUAUUCCGCUAAACUCUGCUGUGCAAUCGUUCAGUUGAUUAUUAUAUGAUUUCUUAUGAAUUCAUUGCUUUGGCACUUUUGGUUAUUUGGGCUUUUAGGUCACUAUAUUUUCUGCUGUAUUUAUCAGAAUGAUUUACUCUGAUGUGGUUGUUUGUGUUUUGUUGGUAAUUAUAUAAGAUGUGGUUGUUUGUGUUUUGUUGGUAAUUAUAUAAGAUGGACUAAAAUGGAUCAAAUGGCAUUAAUUUAGCUUUUCCUUCACUUGAAGACCAAAAUUGUCUCAUUAUUUGAAGUCAAAUGUUUGCAUUUGUUUACAUUAUUUUUCAAAGUGUCCCAUUUCAGCCACAGCAUAUCAUAAGAUAAUUGUAAGUGCAAUUGUAAUGAAAAAUAAUACACUACAUUUCUGAUUGUUGAAAGUCAUGCAAACACAAAAGAAAAUGUUAUAUUUUCAUAUGGUCAUGUAUAGAGGGGUAUAUUGUUGUUAUAUACUUCCAAUCAGUGGGCUUUAGUUUUAUAAUAAACUGAAGAGAUUCUGGGUCACUUGUGUGAAUGUUGUGUACAGGGGUUUACUGAACGCGAGUGCAGGUCUGUCGUGUGCACUAAAGAGUGCAGGUCUGUCGUGUGCACUAAAGAGUACAGUUCUUGUCAAAGGAAACGCAAGUGCUUAUCUGGGAUCAGUGACCGUGAUUUAAGUCACUUUUGACAUGAAAAAUCUGGCAGGAAAUCAUUUGCAGAAGUAUGGUCAUUUUGUUACUUUGUGUGACUUUUGUUUUUACAUUUAUAAAAAUGUAUAAAGGGUCAGAAUUAUCUUGGCUACUGAUUUAUUUAGUAAACUUGUUUAAUUCCAUAAAAUAAAUCAAUAAAGAACUGACUUAAGUAA